AUGAUAGAAUUCAACGAGAAGAAAUUUUAUAGAUAUAUGGAGAAUAUUGAGGACAGACAUGAUGUAGUUCACUCUCUCAAAUCACUGAAACGUAUGAGAAUCCCAAAGGCACUAAUAGGACGAAGUGUGGAACGAGUGGAGGAUCUGUUAAGAGAAGAAUCAUAUUGGAGAAUGGCUCGAAAAGUGAUUCGAAAAGUGGAAAGAGAUGAAAAGUAUGCAGAUUUUGGAGAGUUGGCGCCGAUUCUGAAGGACUCGAAAGAGAUGAGAACGAUGUGGAGAGAAGCAAGAAUCGAGAGGAUGGAUGAUGCUCAAAGGAUCAAAAAGUUUGAGCAACAAGAAGAGGUGGAAAUCAGUCUUCCAUCACCGACAAAUCAUGAAAUGACUGACAUCGAAGAAGACACAUCGAAGAAUAAGAAGAAAUGGAAAAGCAACAAUGAUGCAGAAAGGUGGAGGAAGUACAGGAACAGGUGUAAAAAGGUUCAGAGGCAGAUGAGAAGAAAAAGGAGGAGAAAGGAACAUUACUCAAAAGCAUAA